AUGCCGCUCGGCCUCACGUUCGGCGGCGACGGGAAGAAGGCGACGACGCUCGCGAAGAAGGCCCGCGAGGCGCUCGCGCUCGUCGGCUUGACCGUGGCCGACGUGCUCUUCUACGCGCGCGACGGCGGCGAGGCGGCGGUAAUGAUGGUCUCUUGGGCCGACACCGAGUCGCGCUGGAUCCCCAUGGGCUGCGCGUGCCCCGACCAGGCGAAAGCCCUGCUCAGCAACGAGCUCCACCGCGAGUGGGGCACCACCGCCGCGAAGUACCGCGCGCGCUCCGGCCUCAAGUUCGCCGACGGCACCUGGAAGUCCAAGGCCCGCGCCCUCUCCCACCGACUCGAAGACGACGCGCGCCGCCUCGCGGACCGCGCCGCCCUCGCCACCCUCACGACCAACCUCCGCCGCGACAGCUAG